AUGUUCAAGCGCUCUUUCGUAUCCAAGGACCGGGCGGGUAAAACUGUCAAGGUCGCCAAGAAGAAGUACGACGAGCUGGUCAAGGAGAAGAUGAAGCAGAAAGCGGAAAGUCCCACAAUGGGCAGUCCACUUACCAGCCCUAUCAUUACUAUGAUUGUUGGCCGGGAUCAGCGUCUCUUCGCCGCCCAUGAAGAUGUGAUAUCUGUGUCGCCGUUCUUUAAUGCUGCUCUGAAGGAGCAGUUUCUUGAAGACGAUGCGAAACAACUGACUCUGUCUGACGAAGAACCCGAGAUUAUGUCGUGUAUUCUCGAGUUUUUGUACAAGGGUGACUACUUCCCACGCUUGUUGCAUGGAAAGCAAAGGAACGCUUGGUCACUCGAGAAUGCCCAGGAUAUAACUCAAACUGGUGGCCGUGGGUCGAGCGAGCCGACAAUGUUCCACUCUGGAGUGGGAGAUCUCAUUCUCCGAGACACAGCAGUGUACUGUGCUGCCGAGAAGUACGGCUUGGAAGAACUCAAGCGCCUUGCUCUCCGAAAGCAGGGUCUCCAGAGUGGCAUUCCAGCCGACGUGAUCUUGCGAUCCGCUCGAUAUGCAUAUGACGACACGCCGGAGUCCGAUUCCCGACUGCGCGCUCAUUAUCUGGCCCUUAUCAUCCGCAGUCGCAAGACUUUUAAGAGCAGCGGAACCUUGCAGAUGGAGAUGGAGGAAGGGGGCAAGUUGUUCUUCGACCUGUUCGUGGCAAUGUGCAACCAUAUGGAUGACCUUUCGGAGAUGCGCGGUGGUAGGACGGAGGUCUUGAAACAACUUCCGGGCGGAUGGUUCACCUUCCCGAGUCCCGUUGAAUGGUUGCAAAUCAAUCUUGGCGUUCAGAAUGAGAUCAGGUCUAUUGAUGCACAUAAUUUGGGCCGUCUGAAAGUUAUAAAAAAGGAUCGACCGCACAACAAUUUGACAAUUGAAAACUUUACGUCUGAUCUUGACCAAAGGGCUCUCUAUGCUGACAAGGAUGGCGAGAUCGGUGUUUGCCGAGAUUUGCCAACUCCACAGCCAAACAAUGACGAAAUCCUUGUCGAAGUCCUUUUCUCCGGUGUGAAUCCUGCCGAUAUUAGCACGGGUGGCGCCACAGCCGUCGGCAGGGCUGCUAUUCAGCUUGCACGCAGCAGCGGCGUCAGGUCUAUCAUAGUCACGGCAUCCCCAGAGCGACACGUGCUUUUAAAUAGCCUAGGCGCAGCACAUUGCUUUGACUACAGGAACGACAACGUGGUACAGGAUGUCAAGGUGGCUGUACAAGAAGCUGGACUCCAGUCGGUUCUGGGAUUCGAUGCGGCUGGAACUCCUGACUCCCCAAAUCUUCUCGCAAACGCCUUGGAAGGGCAGGACGAUCUGCGCUUGGCAUCUGUAUGGGGUGAUGACCGUUUCGAAGCGGUCCUGGGAGGCCGACAUUACGACGUUGUGUUUCACCCUCCUGGGGCAUCGUCGCCAUUCGUCACCCCUGCUAGACCAAUAGAAGCAGACAGAAUGUGGGAGAGUCUUAUGUGGGUAGUUGAGCACUACGGAAAGGAAUUCAGAAUGCCAGCUAUCGAGGUCUUCCAAGGCACCGCGGAGGACGCUCUGGAAGAAGUAAAAAAGGUCGGGCGUCUAGGAAAGUUCGGAAAGCUUGUAUUGAAACAACCCCUGGAAUGA